UGGUGUAUAAAUCCCCUUCUCUGGCAUAUUCCCCCAGCACGGCGGGACUGGAGACCCUGGCAAUUCAGUCCCCGGGGCACAAGCUGCAGCCACUGGUCUUUGGGUUGCUGGGACUUUGAACUCCUCGGCCCCGCCGCCCAAUCCCCGCUAGCUCGUUUCCAUAGGGGGCUCCCGGGCAUUUCUUGGUGGGUGAUUCCUCUGCUCCCGCUGCUGCACCAGGAUGUCGGAGAAACGCGCGGAGGAGGCGCCAGCAGAAGUGGGUGCCAAGGAAUUGAAAGAAAAGAAGGAAAAACUGGAGGAGAAGACUGUCUGCAAAGAAAAAAAGAAGGAGAUAAUAGAGGAUGAGGAAAAUGGUGCGGAGGAGGAGGAGGAGAAUCCUGAGGACGUGGAUGAAGAAGAGGCAGGAGAAGAGGAUGAAGAUGGAGAUGAGAAUGGGCAGGAGCAGGACGGACAUGCAGCAAAACGAUCUGCAGAGGAAGAAGAGGAGGAUGAAGUUGAUCCAAAGAGACAGAAGACAGAAAAUGGGUCUUCGGCUUGAGUUCUCUCUUCCCAUCCUUUUCUGCUCCAUCUGUCUCUCCUCCCUCCAUUCCAGCCUGUGCUUGCACUGUCAUUUAGCCUCUGGCUUCACACAAUCUCAGAUGAGGAAGGAUUAGAAAUGCUCUCCGACAGAAGA